UUUUCACACACUGCCACGGAAAAUCCGAGGCUCUCACAAAAUCGUACGGAGAAGUGAGCGGAUUCAGUGCGUGCCGUGUCCGUUCGCAGCAGUUCCCGUAUUUUGUUUGUCAACCUUGGACGAUCGUCUAAAAUUAAACUGCAUUUUUUCUUGUUCAACUAAUCCAGAAAAAUGCACGCCUUAUCGUCGUUGGUCAAAUCGACAAUCCCGAAUUACCUAUCGGGUCUUCCAAUUCCAGACUCGAUCGGUGGAUGGUUUAAACUGGGAGUUAGAGACUGGGCAGCCUUGGUUCCGCCGACCGCGGUUCUUGCUGGAUUCACGUACCUGACUUACAGAGCGUUCUGUCCCCAUGGCAGACCAGUACCUUGCAAGUCCAUCAACCAGAACAUUCUGAAGACCAAUCCGAAGGUGGUUGACACCAUCGACGUGGAGGACAUCGCCGAUAAAGCCGUCUUCUGCCGCUGCUGGAAAAGCAAAAACUGGCCGUAUUGCGAUGGUGCUCAUGGAGCGCACAACAAAGAAACCGGGGAUAACGUCGGACCUGUUGUGAUCAAGAGGAAGGAGAAAUGAGGUCGUUGCGACGAAUUCUCAGACCUGUAGAACAAUUUCCUCAAUAGUUAUUAAUCAAUUGUCCAUAAGGUGGUUUAAGCAAUUUUCUUUCUUUCGAAAAACUCUACUCAUAAUAAACUGUUAAAAAAAAGGCAAAAAAAAAA